AGCUGGAGGAGAAGGAGAAGGCGACGGAGGAGAAGAAGGGGGCGGCAGAAGGGGCCAAGGACGGGGAGAGCGGCAAGGAGGGGGAGAAGAAAAACGGCAAGUACGAGAAGCCGCCGUUCAGCUACAACGCGCUCAUCAUGAUGGCCAUCCGGCAGAGCCCCGAGAAGCGCCUCACGCUCAACGGCAUCUACGAGGUCAUCAUGAAGAACUUCCCCUACUACCGGGAGAACAAGCAGGGCUGGCAGAACUCCAUCCGCCACAACCUCUCUCUCAAUAAGUGCUUCGUAAAGGUGCCCCGCCACUACGACGACCCGGGCAAAGGGAACUACUGGAUGCUGGACCCCUCCAGCGACGACGUCUUCAUCGGGGGCACCACCGGCAAGCUCCGCCGGCGCUCCACCACCUCGCGGGCCAAGCUGGCUUUCAAGCGGGGCGCCCGGCUCACCUCCACCGGACUGACAUUCAUGGAUAGGGCAGGAUCCUUGUACUGGCCUAUGUCCCCCUUCCUCUCCCUGCACCACCCCCGGGCCAGCAGCACUUUGAGUUACAAUGGGACCACGUCCGCCUACCCCAGCCACCCCAUGCCCUACAGCUCAGUGUUGACUCAAAACUCCUUGGGAAACAACCACUCCUUUUCCACGUCUAAUGGGUUAAGUGUUGAUAGACUAGUCAAUGGAGAGAUACCUUAUGCCACUCAUCACCUCACAGCAGCAGCUCUGGCCGCCUCAGUGCCGUGCGGCUUGUCAGUUCCCUGCUCCGGCACCUAUUCCCUAAAUCCCUGCUCUGUAAACCUCCUAGCAGGACAGACGAGUUACUUUUUCCCCCAUGUUCCUCACCCUUCAAUGACUUCUCAAAGCAGCACUUCAAUGACGGCCAGGGCAGCCUCCUCCUCCACGUCGCCGCAGGCGCCCUCCACUCUCCCCUGUGAGUCCUUAAGACCUUCUUUGCCAAGUUUUACAACGGGACUUUCCGGAGGACUUUCUGAUUAUUUCACACAUCAAAAUCAGGGGUCUUCUUCAAACCCUUUAAUACAUUAACAUCCAUGGGAUCAGACUGUAAGUGAACAUUUUACACACAUUUGCAUUGUAAAUGAUAAUUAAAAGA